GCGGCUUAAGCACCGCCGCGGUCUGAGGAAUGUCAACUAUUCAACAUGGAGGCGGAGGUCGAUAAGCUGGAACUGAUGUUCCAGAAAGCUGACUCUGAUCUGGAUUACAUUCAAUACAGGCUGGAAUAUGAAAUCAAGACUAAUCAUCCUGAUACAGCAGGCAAGAAAAAUCCAGUUACACUCUUAAAGGAAUUGUCAGCAAUAAAGUCUCGAUAUCAAACUUUGCAUGCACGCUUUAAACCAAUUGCUGCAGAGCAGAAAGAGACUAAGAACCGCAUUUGUGCUACUGUCAAUAAGACUAUGAUCAUGAUACAAGAACUACAAAAGCAAACAGACCUGGAGCUGUCACCACCGAGUAAAGAAGAGAAAACUGCGGCAGAGCAAUUAAAAUCUUUCAUGUCAGACUUAUGAAGAAAUGGACUUGCAAAAGGGAAUUCUAAUGGAGAAGAGAUCUAUCCCAGAAAGAUUUAGGAAGAUGUCUCGUUAGCACUUGAUGACUAGAGGUGGGGGGAUGGAGAAGAAGAUUUGGCUGGAGUGAGUGGAUAAUGAUGCCUUUCACAAGAGAGGGGACUAUAAAAAGGGCAGAUAUUAUAGGAAUAAAGUUUAGCCAAAAGGAUGGAAUGGGAAUAAAGAGAUUUAAAAAUAUAUAUGCACACACACUUAGUCUUGUAAUUUCGAGCAAGGAAGUCACAUAACUCUAUUUUGCAUCUGUUUUUGUGUAAUUGGGAUAAUAUGGAUAUAUGUACCAUCAGUCAGAUGUGAAUGAGCAUGCUUUGGAAAUUAAAGGAUAGAAAAAAUAUUUGUAUUACAUUAUAUAUAUGUAUAUAAUUUUACUUUUGAAAAUUUUGUUUAUAGGUAAUGGUCACAUUAUUAAUGAGACUGCUAAUAUGUGACCUAUAGUCCUCCACAAAAGCUAACUUUAGUAAUAAUAAAUUGGCUUUUCUGUGAUAGCCUCACUUUUUUUUUCCUGUUCCUUCUGCCGCUAAUGUUGAGCAACUGAACUAUGCUUUCAAAUGCUGUUUUAGACUGUCCCUGUUGUAUAUCAACACUACCUUUGUUCUCCUUCAGCCUGUAUUACUGUAAUCGUUCAUUCUGUAUGAAAGCUAAGAAACUGAAAUCAGAGGAUCACUUGCCAGUGUGUGUGUGAAUUUCCCUAUUCAUUUUUUUUUUUUCUUUUUAAGAUUUUAUUUGACAGAGAGAGACAC